AUUGCAAUAUUAUUACGUUGGUAAUUAGCCAAAGAAAAAAUCUAUUACAUUACAUUAUUACGUUCUAUCAAUUAGCCGAACCAAAAAGAAUGGGAGACAUCAACAACCAAGCAGAAGCAAGUACCCGUCUCGUUUUAAUACACGGUUCUUCCGCAGGAGCUUGGGUAUGGUACAAGGUGAAGCCAAUGCUAGAGGCUGCUGGCCACAUCAUCACAGCUCUUGACAUGAGUGCGUCAGGGGUGAACACAAAAACACUCGAAGAAGUUCGAACUUUUGACCAGUAUAACGAGCCCUUGAUUGAGUUCAUGGCCAGCUUACCUGAAAAUGAAAAGGUUGUGUUGGUGGGCCAUAGUUUGGGUGGCUUGAACCUGGCCUUCGCCAUGGAGAAGUUCCCAGAGAAGAUUUCUCUUGCUAUUUUUGUUACUGCAAUCUUGCCUGAUACUCAGCACCAGCCAUCGUAUAUGUUAGAGAAGUUUAGUGAAAGCAUUUCCGGUACAGACGAAGAGCAAGACACUGCAGUGGUUUCAUCCACGCCGUUUCAGCUCACCCCAAUUGAGGAUCUUACUCUCCAAGCGCUUUUAAACAGACCAGGAUCAAUGUUCGUUGAAAGUCUGUCCAAAGCAAACAAGUUCACUGAAGACAGAUAUGGAUCCGUUCCCCGAGUUUAUAUUGUCUGUACUGAGGAUAUAUUGCUUUCUCCGUCUUUGCAACGCUACAUGAUUGAACAAAAUGAGGUUAAGGAAGUUAUGGAGAUUCCUGGAGAUCAUAUGGCAGUCUUUUCCAGGCCUAAGGAACUCAGCCAGUGCAUACUGGAAUUGGCACAUAAGCACACUUAGAUUGACAAUUCUGUCGCGCGCCCUCACGAAUCUAUAAUUGCCAGUGCACUGCAUCAAUAAUUAAUCUAUUGGAUUUGUUAAUUAGCGUAUUCUUUUCCAAUUACGAAUUU